AUGCCCAUCGGCAAGAGAUUCAAACGAGGCUUUCGCUCGAUCAAAGCAAAUCUUAAGAAUCGCUCUGAUCUUCUGCAAGAGCCUGUUCAGUCCGAAUCGAGUGUUGAUAUAACGGGUUCUGGAGCAGUUUCUGAUAGGAAGAGUGGUGAAUCUGUAAUUCAGAGUGGCAAAAAAGCAGCUGGCGAGCAAAUACAGGAGCCUAUACACGAUGAUUCAGCCUGCUUGAUGACAGGGUCAUUGACGACUACCACGAAUGAUUUGCAGCUCUCAAAUGAGAACGAUCUUUGGUUCCAAGCUUCGGAGAAGCUCAAGGCUGAUGAUCCAGAACUGUAUGAACAAUACUCAAUCAUUAUAUGUCGCGAAGCAGACAAGAACAAUGAGCACCACCCCGACGAGUCCGCACAAUGCUUAGCGAAUCCAGCGAUGCUUCUCAAAGUGUGCCAAAAUAGCCUCGAAACCAUGAAUUCCCCAAGUGGCAGAGCCAAUAAAGUUUUUGAGAAGACGAUUGAGAUUGUAGGCCUGGCUAAAGAUUUCGUGGGGUCUGUUGUAAGUGCCGAACCUCAUGGAGCAGUAGCUUGGGCAGGUGUCUGUCUUUUUCUUCCGCUUCUCCUCAAUCCCUCUCAACAAGAUGAAGCUUGUCGCAAAGGUCUUGAGGAACUACCCUUCCUUAUCCACAAGUAUAGUCUAGUGGAGAGCAUUUGUGCAACUAAAAGUUCGGAUUCAACAAUUGCUACCACGGCUACUAUGUUGUCCAGUGGGAUCAUCGACUUAUAUACCAAGAUACUUAGUUUUCAGGCCGAGGUUGUAUGUCAAUUAAAUCGAUCCACGAUCAAAGGCUAUUUGCGGAAAGUUUUCCAAACCGAUAAGUGGGAAGCCAUGCAUCACGAUGUCUUACGCAUAGAAGGGCGAUGUUGGGGUAUAGCCCAGGCGACUGAUAGCGAUCGUUGUAGUAGGUUGUCGAAGGAAUGCAAUAGCAAACUGGCAGAGCUUCAUACCAUUGGAUCGGAGCUCCUUAAAGUUUCAAGUCAUACAUAUCAGGCCGUUAUUGAUAUUGGAAUAGAAUAUCAGCAACGCGAAAGAACCAGGGAGGAAAUGGAUUGUCUGCAAGCUUUUCGUUCGGCUAAUCUUUACGAAAUACAGCAAAAGCGUAAUCCAGAUCGAGUCCCGGGCACUUGCGAAUGGCUUUUAGCAUCGCAGGCAUUUACUGAUUGGAGGGACAAGAAGAGCGCGGGUCUACUUUGGAUCUCAGCUGAUCCAGGCUGUGGGAAGUCCGUCCUGUCGAAAGCCUUUUACAAAGAAAAGCUAGUGAGCUUUUCUUCCGCCACAAUCAUAUGUUACUUCUUCUUCAAGGAUUCAUCGCCUGAACAAUGCAGCAUUACAAAAGCAGUUGCGGCUUUGCUUCAUCAGAUAUUUUUGUCUAACGGUAGUCUUCUAAAACAUGCCAUGGCCAAGUGGAACAAAAAUAAAAGCGAGCUUUGUAAUCUGCAUGAUGACAUGUGGGAUAUUCUAGAAGCUAUCGCUACUGACCAAGCCGCUGGAGAUAUUGUCUGUAUAGUGGACGCCUUGGAUGAAUGCGAGUCUGAAAAUAACUCAAGAAAAUCGUUUGUACAGAGAAUGCACAAACUUUUAUUCAGGCCAGAAUGUCAUAUGCGAUUUGUUGUCACUAGUCGUCCUUACUCUCAAAUCGAACGAAUAUUCACAGGAUUGCAUCAUAAUUUUCCUGUAAUUCGCAUAGCUGGGGAAAUGGAAUCUGAAACUAUCUCGAGGGAAAUCAACCUGGUCAUCAACCACGAGGUUCAGCAGUUGGACUUGGAUGAGAAUGUUAAAAGUUAUAUCAUAACUCGUCUACGAGAGAUGGAACACAGAACUUACCUUUGGUUGCACCUUAUCAUGGACGUUAUUCGAAAAAGAAUCGAGAGUAGUGGGGAGUCUAGGAAGAUAGAUGAAAGCUUGCGAUCACUGCCCAAGACUGUGGAGAAAAUAUACGAAGAAAUUCUAGACAAGAGUCCUUAUCGAGCAGAGACCGAAAAAUUACUUCAUAUAAUUGUUGGUGCAGAGCGUCCGUUAAGUACGGAUGAAGUAAACGUAGCUAUGAACAUUCAGAUAUGUUACGAUGGUACCCAGAGUUUUGACGACAUACAGUUAGAAAAUAGUGAGCGCUAUCCAGGAAUGCUUCGUAACCUCUGUGGUCUAUUCAUACAAUUUGUGGACUCGAAAGUGUACCUCAUACAUCAGACAGCGAAAGAAUUUCUCGUCGCAACUGAAUCUGGAAGAAAGUUUCCGGGUAAAUGGAGAUAUUGUCUUGAGCCGCAAGAAACACAGAAGAUUUUGGCUCAAAUUUGCAUCUCUUAUUUAUAUCUGAGCGAUCUCAAUGCUUGGAGUGAUUCUGGUUACCCAGAAGACGAGCAUGGCUCCAUCCCUGCGACGAAUGUACCCAAUAAUCUGAUUGAUUAUUGGGGGAAGAAUUGGAUGGUUCACUAUAAACGUGUACCUAGCACCGUUGACCCCGUUGUUAUCGUCGAACUAUGCUCCAUAUCUACUCGACGCAUAAUCUGGCUUCGAGUUAUGGGCUGGAACCCAAAGAGUUACUACCGGGUGAGCAUGGAAAUGGGUGAUUGCUACCGUUUGAAUCGAAAAUUAAAAGCAGGGGUAACGCCUUUAAUGAUAGCUUCAUUCUUUAAUCUUCAUGAAGUUGGCAAGUAUAUUGCUUCAACUUUAAAUUUCCAAGAGAAAGAGUUGAAUUACUGCGGCCUUUUAGGAACAGCUUUGUCGUUUGCAGUCGAAAAUAAAUCUUUUGAAAUGGUGGAGUUACUCCUCCAGAAGGGCGCCGAUGCAAGUUUAGGGUACCACCCGUAUUUGGUGAGAUAUUUACCUCUUGAUUCUGCAGUGGAAGUCGGUGACCUUCCGAUCGUCCGACUCUUGUUAGAAAACCAGGUGGCAGACGAAAGAAAUAAGUACACUAUAAUUAGCGCACUAGAAACGGCAGUACAUGCUCACAAAACUGAAAUAGUCAGAUUGCUCCUUGAAUCAGCAGUGCGACCUGUCGUGGAAGGAUAUCUGGAAUCAGCCUUAAAAGUUGCUGUGGAGUGUCGUUUCGCUGAGAUCGUAGAAAUUUUGCUGGAAUUUGGAGCUAGUUCAACCUACAAAUUUGAUCUAUGGUUCAUGAACAAUGCCAGAUCAUGUUUAUCAUACGUUCUAGACUCCCUUAGCGAGAGUUCACAUACAGAUUCUUGCGAAGCGGAGCUUAUGUUGAAAUUGCUUUUGUUGAAGACGGAGCCGCUGCCUCGUAAGGUUAUGAAUGAUCUGCUAGUCGAAUACGUCAGCUUUAAGUCAGAUGAAGUCGAUCUAGUUCGGUUGCUACUCAAUCAUCCACUCCAUACCGAGCCAGAAGCUCAUGAUGAGGGUUCACCAAUAGUGUUCGCAGCGCUAUACGCAAAAAUUAAAUCCAUGGAACUUAUGAUGAAUGAGACGCAUGAUAUUGAUAGCUGUCGAGGAGCCAUCCCAUGGUUUAACAAAUAUACUUUGCCGCGAGGAAGAUAUGGGGGCUAUACCUGGUCAGAAAGAAGGCCGAUUCACAAAGGCUGGUUUACCAGGGACAUCGAAAUCACUGUAUUGUUUGCAGGUAUCAUUUCUACAAAUGAGCGUGUGGUCCAAAGUUUGAUUGAUCACGGCGCCGACGUCAACAUGAAUAUAGAGCUUGGGACACCCUUGUUCAUUGCCGCCGCGCUAUCUAGCAAAUCUGUGGUUCAAUUGCUGCUCAAGAAUGGUGCACGAAUCACGCCGUCAAAAUUUAGGGGGAGAGAGCAGUCGUCUCCUUUGGUUUUUGCGGCGGCUCGGGGAAACAUCGAAAUCGUGGAAUUACUGCUUAACGCUGGCGCGGAUGUUGAGCGGGGGACAGCAAUUAUGAUUCAUUCGAUGCUGGCUCAUAAGCGUGGUAUUGAGGGAAGAUUUUAUCCUUCUGCCAUUGAAGCUGCGGAGAUGGAAGGUCAUGAAGAGGUGGCUGCGCUUUUGCGGGAGUAUAGGGCGAGGCAGGCCGUGACGGGAGUGGAGGAAGUGGAAGUUACUAUGAUGCCGAGCAGAGUUGAAGGGGUGGAAGAUUAG